AUGAAAGUCCUUAUGGGUGCCUCUUUGGCGACUGUGGCCAUGGCGGCCUCGUCCUCGAAAGUGGCAGCCUCUGCGCCCACGGGCGCCGAGUAUGCCUCUGGAUUUGACAUGACACGCAGCUGGGGCAAUCUCAGUCCCUACAAGGACACAAAUACUUUUGGUAUACCAAAGGGAAUGCCCCGAGGAUGCGAGCUUUCUCAGGUGCAUGUGUUGCAUCGUCAUGCCGAACGGUAUCCUACUAAUUAUCCAUUGGACGGCAAGGGCAUGCAAGACUUUGCUGCCAAGUUAUCCAACUACUCCAAAGCCCAUUCUGGUAAGCCCGUGGGCAGCGGGCCCCUCAAGUUCCUCAACAGUUGGGAAUAUGUAUUGGGUGCAGACAUCCUCAUGGAGACUGGUGCAGCGACCGAGGCAACAUCUGGCGCGAAAUUCUGGAUCAAGUAUGGGCGUCUCUUGUACCGCCCAGAUCGCGAGAAUGUAGCAGCAUGGAAUUCAUCCCUCAAUGUAUACGUCAAUGGCACUGAGCGUCCACAGCCCGUAAUUCGCACCACCUCGCAGGCGCGUAUCUUGGAGAGCGCUCGAUGGUGGCUCAGUGGUUUUUUCGGCAACAGCGGAGCAAACAGCUCUUACGAACAAUAUGAUCUAGUGAUCAUUCCCGAGGUUGACCCCUUCAAUAACACCCUGGCUUCCUAUGACUCGUGUCCCGGUGAUUCCACCGAGGGUGACGAGGCUGCAAAAACUUUUAUCGCACGUUACACUAAACACGCCCAGUCGCGGCUCUCUUCCUACCUGCCCAGAGACUUCAACCUGACGGCAAUGAACGUCCUUGCAAUGCAGAACUUGUGCGCUUAUGAGUAUACCAGCCUCGGUGGUUCCUCGUUCUGCUCGCUUUUCACUGAGCAGGAGUGGGAGGACUUUGCCUAUAAUCUCGACAUUCAAUUCUACGGCGAUUACUUUUUCGGGUCGCCAACUGGCCGCGCACAGGGGAUCGGCUAUGUCUUGGAACUUGCCGCUCGUCUCGAGCAGAGGCUUAUCACAUCUAGCGAUACCAGCAUCAACUACACCUAUGACAACAAUCUUGCACAGUUCCCUCUAGACCAGCCUUUCUACCUCGACAUGUCCCAUGACGAUAUCAUCGUAUCUGUCAUGGCUGCCCUCGGUCUGGAUUACUUCAAGUAUGGGCCUCAUGGUUUACCCGCUGAUCGCGACCAUGCCCCUUCGAACCUCACCUUUUCCUUGUCAAAUAUCACACCAUUUGGAGCCCGACUGUUCUCGGAAAUUUGGACAUGCCCAUCCCAUAAUUCAAUUGAUGAACUAGACCCAAUCAUUUACCAAAACCCUCGUCUGAACUCAUCAUCCGAAACGAAAGACUACAUUCGCUUCGUUCUGAACAGUGCGCCCUUACCACUAAGGGGUCUUGCUGGAUGUGAGAAGUCAAAGAAUGGGUUUUGUCCGGUUGAGACAUUUUUGAAAGUGAUUCCGGGCCUCAAGGAGACGGCCCAGUACAAGAAAGCCUGCUUUGGUAACUAUACCACUGGUAGUCAGGUUGGAAAUGGGGUUCCCGACUCCUAA